UCACUGCAGGUGGGUCCCGGAGCUAUCACAGAGAGAAGCAGGGGUGCCUAGGGUUUUAGAAGCGAAGGGGUUCUCCGCGGCGGCGACGGCGAGCAAUGGAGAACUCGAAGCUCUCGUCGGCGCUCUUCGCGGGCACCCACUUCAACCGCAAGCGCUUCGCCGCUGACUUUGAGCGGUUCCACCAGGGCCCGACUCCCUCACCCGCCGCCCCCUGCGCUCCGUCCCCGGAGAAGAAGCGGAAGCGCAAGAGCGGCAAGGCGAAGGCGAAGAAGAAUCAGAAGAAGCGAGCGGAAGCGGCUAUCGCCUCGUCGUCGGAUGCUGUGGAGGGGUUCAAUUUGUUCAAGGGAUUGACGGGUAAAAAUGAUGAGCUGCGUUCUGAGAAGGUGGAUACAGGGAAGGAUGAGGAUUCGGUGGCUGUGAGGCGGCGGAAGGAGAUUGAGAGGGAAAUCGAGAGGGCUGCAGUUCUUAGGAAGAGGUUUGACAUUCACAUUGCUGGACAAAAUGUUCCAGCACCACUUGAGAGCUUUGAAGAACUGAUUUCAAGGUAUGGUUGUGAUUCCUAUCUGGUUGGGAACUUGUCAAAACUUGGGUUUCAUGAACCUACACCGAUACAAAGGCAGGCCAUUCCCAUUCUUCUUUCGGGGAGGGAAUGCUUUGCUUGUGCACCUACUGGUUCUGGCAAGACACUGGCUUUCUUGUUUCCACUUCUUAUGAAAAUUAAGCCAGGGUCUAAAGGUGGUGUUAAAGCCGUGAUUCUUUGCCCAACAAGGGAAUUGGCUGCACAAACUGUGAGAGAAUGCAAGAAGUUGGCUAAAGGAAGGAAGUAUUAUAUUAAAUUGAUGACCAAAGAUCUCUCCAAAUCAGGGAAUUUCAAAGAUAUGCACUGCGAUAUCCUUGUUUCCACCCCGCUUCGUUUGGACCAUGCUGUAAAGAAAAGAGACCUUGAUUUAAAUAGCGUGGAAUACCUUGUCUUGGAUGAAUCUGAUAAACUUUUUGAGCUUGGAUUUGUUGAAGUGAUUGAUUCAGUUGUUGAAGCCUGUUCCAAUCCUUCAAUAAUUCGGUCUCUGUUCAGUGCCACAUUGCCUGAUUCAAUUGAGGCUCUUGCACGCACUAUAAUGCAUGAUGCCAUUCGAAUCAUUGUUGGAAGAAAGAAUUCAGCCUCCUCACUGAUUAAGCAAAAGUUGAUUUUUGCUGGAACUGAGAGGGGGAAAUUGUUAGCUCUUCGCCAAAGCUUUCAAGAGUCCCUCAAUCCACCAGUAUUGAUCUUUGUUCAAAGCAAAGAGAGGGCAAAAGAGCUUUACAAAGAACUGGCAUUUGACGAUGUUAGGGCUGAUGUGAUUCAUGCAGACCUCAAUGAGCAGCAGCGUCAGGAUGCUGUUGACAACUUGAGAGCUGGAAAGAGCUGGGUACUGAUAGCAACAGAAGUCAUUGCUCGCGGAAUGGACUUCAAAGGUGUAAACUGUGUGAUAAACUACGAUUUUCCAGAGUCAGCUGCUGCCUAUAUUCACAGGAUAGGACGAUCUGGAAGAGCUGGCAGAUCUGGGGAGGCCAUUACGUUCUUCACAGAGGAGGACAAGCCAUUCUUGAGGAAUAUCGCGAACGUGCUGGUAUCUUCUGGAUGUGAAGUUCCUUCCUGGAUAAUGGCGUUGCCGAAGCUCAAGCGAAAGAAACACAGGGUGGAUAGGGACCCAAUCUCCACCAUACCAGAUGAAGAUUAAGAAUAGCAUUUUUGAGAUAAUUCAUUGGCUCCAGUUAUCCAUGUCUGAAUGCCCAGAGUGGUAUUGUAACCAUAGCACCUUUGAGAGUUGAGAUGCACGUUGGCUUCAGUUUUCCCUGUUUGAAUGCCCGGUGUAACGAUUGGUCUACUAACUGCGAACCCAGACGAGCACAUGCGUAUCUUUUGUUAUUCGCAAGUUUUGUGAUCGAUUAAUGAAUCGUCAAGUAAAUCUAUUCUGUUUGCCAA